CACUUAACCACUCGGUAGUCGGCUGACCACGAGAAUUAGUUACAAGAAUACCAACUUGACUAGUGAUAUGCGUUCGUUCAUAAUUAUCGGGGUAUUUGCCCUUGUUUUUGCAAAUGUCUCUUGUAGAGAGACAAGAGGUGAAAAGCCUCAAAGACCACCACAUCGACCACCAUUAAAGGGUAAACGUGGAGUUAGUGACUAUCCUUUAGGAUAUUCAACCGGGGGUCAUUCCUAUCCUUCACCCGUAUACUCAGCUGUUGGAUCUGGCUAUAGUCUAGGUGGAUCAUCAGGGUCUAUUUCUCUUGGACAUCCGGGUCUUCAAAGUUUGCAGAGUUUAGGAGUCGGUGGUGGACAUGGUUUAGGAUAUUCUAACUCUGGAUUAGGAUCUUCAUUGGGAUAUGGAAUGUCUGUUGGUUCUGAUUUGGGCCACGGUGGAGGUCUUCAAGGUCUCUCGAGUCAUAGCUCUUAUUCUUUGCCAAGUCUAUCUACCAUCAACUUAGGAUCAAGCGGUGGAUCGAGCGAAGGACUAUUCACUCCUUCAAAGAACGGUCCGGUUACUUUUGGAAUUCAUGGAGGAGGUCAAGGACUCUCAGCUUAUGGAAGUGGAUCGAGCGGAGUUUCCAGUCUUCCGUUAACAUUAUCAUCUUCUCAUGGUUCUUCCUCUUACAAUCUACCAACCGUAACUUUACAAUCAUCUGGUACUUCUACGGGAUACAGUCUCCCAGCAAGUUCUCAAUCUCAUUCGGUAUCCGGAGGAUUGGUAUUAUCAUCAGGAUCCCAUAGAGGUUCAUCGGGCUAUACCUUACCCAUAUCAUCGGGAUCGUCUCAUGGAAUUUCUUUAAGCAGUCUAUCUUCUGGCUCACAUGGUGGAUCGUCCGGAUAUAAUCUUCCUAUAAGUUCUGGAUCUCAUGGUAUCUCUAGUCUGUCCAGUAAUUCAGGCAGCAUAUCCGGUUAUUCUGUAGCACCUGUAUCAGCAUCGUACAGCGCACCCAACUCUCACGUGAGCCUGUCCAUUGGUUCCUCCGAUGGAUCCUCUUAUUCUCUCCCAGCAUCCUCCGGAUCUCAUUCAGCUUUGGGAUCCUCCAAUUCUGGAUCAUAUUCUAGCUCUGGAUAUUCUCCAGCAUCUUCGGAUGGUAGCUCAUAUUCUUCUACCGGAAGUACGAGUUAUUCCAAUCCAAGUUCCUCCAGUUAUUCAAGCCCUAGCAGUAGUUACUCCAGUCCUAGUUCCAGUUACUCGAGUCACAGUUCAACCUAUUCCAGUCCUAGUUCCAGCUAUUCGAAUCCUAGUUCCAGUUAUUCAAGCCCUAGUUCUAGUUAUUCGAGUCCUAGUUCAAGCUAUUCCGCACUUGCCAGUGGUUAUUCCUCGAGUUAUUCCAGUCCAUCUAAUUCUUAUGGUACACCAUCAGAAUCUCAUGGAUCCUAUUCACAUUUGAGCCCAAGAUAUAUCAAUUAUCCCGCUGCUAAAGCUUACGAAGCAUUAACAUCUGGCAGCUCGAAAUACGAUACAAUUUCAUAUUCAAGUCCCAAUGGAAAAUAUUAA